AUGGAUCAAGAUCAAGUAGCUUUUCUAUUAGAGCUAGAAGAUAAGCUGGCCAAGAUCCGGUUUCAAGCAACUUCUAAAUUAGAAAAUCAAAAACACGUUGCUAUAAUAUUAACGGCCGUCGAGGAAAACAUUGUGGGCCAAGCUACCAAUGAUAUUUCAAAAAAUAUCGUGAACUAUAUCAUUUCCUUCAUGUCCUUAUUGGACCAAGCAGUGGACCCAUCUACUCAUGAAAUUAAAGACCUUCAGUUGGCUUCUUCUUCCACAUAUCUUUUGGAUCUGAUAUUUCGUUACUCUCCAAAACCGUUGUUAAGAUCAAAAUUCUCGGAAAUACUUACCAAGAUUGCACCAUGUAUUACCGCUGAAAAAGCAAACGCUCCUUUAAUUAGAGCCGCUAUUGGUUGUUUAGAAUCUCUUCUAAUUGCUCAAGAUGCUCAAGCCUGGAACAAUACCUAUGACCUAAAUGUCACUCCAAAGAGAGGUUUGCUAGGUAUACUUGAACUUUCUUUGGAUUUGAGACCAAAAGUUAGAAAGAGAGCACUAGAUGCGGUUCAUGCAGUAUUAUCUAAUCCUCCUGCGGCUCCAACUGCAGAGCAUGUCGCAGCUGUUUUCGUCGCUGAUUUUUGUGACAAACAGUUGGCAGGUGUUCUAGACGACCUGUCCAAUCUAUCUAAUAAACAACAAAAGGCCCAAAAUACAAAGGAGGAUAUCAACGCUAGUGUCAUGCGUUCAUUGAGAUUAGUCACUUCUGUUAUCUCUACCGGACAAUGGCCAUCCUCUCAAAUCGAACCCCUUUGUGAUGUAUUAUUAGGUGUCACUAGAAGCUCAGAACAGUACCUAGUCUCUGCGUCAUUUGAAUGUUUUGAAAGUAUGUUCAAAGCUAUGGCAGAAACCACCGUUUCUUCAGGUUUAGCUGAAAACAAGUAUCUGAGGGUUCUAGAUACCAUCUUUUCACUGAAACCUUCAAAUGUGGACAGUCUACUGACCAAGGCUUGGAUCGCUGUUGUAGUCAAAGGUAUGUCUACGUAUGCGGUUCACCAACCAUUGAAAGCCUUACGUAAGGUUCCUAAUGUGUUUCGUGUUAUGUCCUCUUAUUUAGCAAGUGAAUCUACAGAAGUAUAUCAAGCUGCCGCUCAAUGCCUUAUCUCAAUCCUUUCUGACUCUAUUCAAGACCAUUUGUUAUUGUUUACACCAGAUGUAGAUGACAAGGUUUUCAAAAAUGUCGAUGACAUUAUAUGCCAAAUUUCAAAAGCCUUUAUCGACUUCUUAUCCAUUAAAUAUUCUCAUUGUUCCAGAGAAAUUCUGAAAGUGUUGGCAGCAGCCUUCAACAAAUUCAGAUAUAGAUCCAACCCUCACUUUUUGAAAUCCUUGAAAAUUGUUGAUACCUGGAGAGUAAACGAAGAACAGUUUAUGGACUUGAGAAAUGAAGUUGAAUUAGUAAUUGGUGCCUCCAUUUCCGCUAUGGGCCCUGAAGUUGUCCUUGCCCAAGCGCCACUCAAUUUGGACAACCCAUCCAAUGAAAGACCUGGUAGAGCUUGGAUGUUGCCACUUAUUAGAGACUAUACCAAAAAUGCCAAGCUCUCUACUUUCCAAAAUGAGCUGGCACCAUACAUCAAAAGUUUUCAAUCUAAAUUCGAUAAAGUUCCAGAAGAAUCUAUUCAACUGAAAGUUUUCCAAACCAUUGUCGAUCAAAUCUGGUCCACAUUACCACGUUUCUGUGAGUUACCAAUGGACUUGAGAGAAUCUUUCACAGACGACUUUGCAUCAGAACUAUCUUCGCUGCUGUACAGUGAAGUUGAAUUAAGAACUACAUUAUGUCAUGCUCUUAAGGUUUUGGCAGAAAGUAAUGUCUUGUAUUCAGAAGGUUCCCUUUCUGAUGAUGUCUUAUUGAUACAACACUUCCCUAUUUCUGAAGCACAAAAGAAUAUAGAAUACCUGUCAACCAAAUCGACCAACCUUUUAGCGGUCUUGUUUAAUGUUUAUACUCAAACCACUCCAAACGCAAGAAGUUAUAUUCUGGAAACGAUUGAUCAAUAUUUGAAAAUCACUUCAAAAGAAGAUAUAGAAAAGACCUUUAAUAAUAUUUGUGGUCUUUUGAAGAAUUCUAUGAAUGAAGAAAGUAGUGGAAAUGGCAACAAAGAAAAGAAAAAACCCCAAUUGACAGCCACAUUAUUAGAUUUGAUCAUUUGUAUGACAACAUACUUACCUGCUUCCUCUUAUUCCGCUUUAUUUUCUAUAUUCGGUCUUACUGUGAGUUCUCCCGAUGCAUUAAUUCAAAAGAGAGCUUAUAGAAUCGUUACCAAGCUUUCUGAGUUUGAAUCUGGUUCAGCAGCUGUCGCCCAGUUUAUUUCCGAUAUUGAAAAUGUUAUGGUAGACAACACUACUACUGUUCAAACAUCAGCUAAAGCUGCGAGAUUGGCAGCAAUCAAGACUAUAGUGGAUUUGUUACCUUUGGAUCAUCUCGGUUUUAUUGUUAGAACUGUAGCCGAGGUCAUCUUAAGCACUAAGGAUGUGAACGAAAAAUCCAGAGAAACGGCUUUUGACACUUUGAUUAAUAUGGGUAAAAAAAUGAAUGAGCCAAAUGGUAUCAUCAAGCUAUCCCAAGUACCUGGGUAUGACCCUACUACUCCGGAUCAACCAUCAUCAGUGUCAGAGUUUUUUAAGAUUAUUUCUGCUGGUCUUAUUGGGGAAUCUCAACAUAUGGUUAGUAGCUCGAUUACUGGUUACGCAUGUUUAGUUUUUGAAUUCAAAAAUGAAAUGGAUUCUGGUAUUCUAAUGGACAUUUACGAUACCAUUGAACUGUACCUGACUUCCAAUUCCAGAGAAAUUGUAAAGAGUGCCAUAGGGUUCACAAAGGUCUGUGUCUUGGGUCUUCCAGAAGAAGUGAUGAGGCCAAAGGUGCCAGAAUUGCUAUUAAAGUUAUUGAGAUGGUCCCAUGAACAUACAGGUCACUUUAAAGCCAAGGUCAAGCAUAUUAUUGAAAGAUUGAUAAGAAGAUUUGGAUAUGACUAUAUUGAAGCCAGCUUCCCUGAGGAAGACAGAAAAUUAUUAACAAACAUAAGAAAGACGCGUAAUAGAAACAAGCGUAAAGAUGAGGAGGUUGCUCCCGCAACUGAAGCUAACGCUGGAAACACCACAAAGGGUUCAAGAUUUAUGUCUGCUUUUGACGAAGCUGUUUAUGGAUCUGACAAUGAAAAUGGUAACGAGUCAGACCAAGAGGAAAAUGCAGCUGGAGGCAGAAGAAAGAAUGGGCAAAAGCAAUUUAUUGUGGAAUCUGGUGAAAAUCCACUGGAUUUGUUAGAUUCUCAAACAUUAGCACAUAUUUCAUCUACUAGACCAAAGAAAUUCAAUAAGAAUCAAAAUAAGGGUAGGUUUGAAGAUGACACCUUCAAUUUCGACUCAGAAGGUAAAUUGGUCGUCAAGGGACAAGCUAAACCCUCUACGAAUGCUGAUGAUCCACUAAGCGCAGUCACAAGCGGUAUCAAUGCGUACCUAGAAGCCGUAAAGAGCGGUCCAGUAAGAGGUCAAAGAAACAAAUUGAAGUUUAAAAAGAAUGGAAGAGAUUCUGACGAGUUCGGUGAUGACGGUGAAAAGGAUGAUAAGGUAAUGAGAAGAAAAGUAGAUCCAAGAAACAAGAUCGGUAAAGGUGGUAAAAGAGGCCCUAAAUUUAAAUCCAGGAAGAAGUUAUAG